AUGUCGUCUAAACCUGAUCAGGCAACAAAAAGAAAACGUCCUGAUGUUAUGACAACAACUGACUGGCUUGCUCCAGUCAUAUGGGAAGGAACUUACAAUAGACUGGUCCUGGAAAAAUAUUACAGGAGGCUGAAUAUUACCAUAGGCUUGGCUGCAUUUGCUUCUGGAAAAUUUGUAGAUCAGUACCUGAAACAAUUUAUACAAUCCGCUGAUAAGCACUUUAUGGUUGGCUACAAUGUUAUUUUUUACAUCUUGAUUGAUGACAUCAACAAGCUUCCUUACAUAGAAUUGGGUCCUCUUCGAACAUUUAAAGUAUUUUAUCUAGCCAACGAAGACAUGUAUGAAGACUUCAAUUUUGUGAACACAAAGAGAUUCAGUAAUUUCCUCAAAGAGUGCAUCCUGCAUGAAGUUGACUUUCUCUUCAUUAUGGCUGCAAACCAGAUCUUUAAGGAUGACUUUGGAGUAGAAACCCUGGGUACAUCUGUGGCUCAACUCCAUGCAUGGUGGUAUUUUAAAAACAUUAAAUAUUUCCCUUAUGAGAGGAGACCUAAAUCAGCAGCUUUCAUCCCCUUGGGACAGGGAGAUUUCUAUUACCAUAGUGCCAUUUUUGGUGGCACACCCCGUGAAGUUUUAGCCUUCAUUGAUCAUUAUCUAGACGGAAUUACAUCUGAUACCAAAAAUAAACUUGACAGCAUGUUUGAAAGCCACCUAAACAAAUAUUUUUUUAUCAACAAACCUACCAAGCUAUUAUCACCAGAAUACAACUGGGAUCUAAAUUUUAAAACUCCUCCACAAAUUAAACAUGUUAAAAUAGCAUGGCAGUCAGAAAUUACUUCAUGGUUGUAG